CUCGUUAGAUCUAUUUCCCCGCCUACCUACUUUCUGGAUAAUUUUAUUUCCCCCCAAUCAUUUUCGGCACGUGCCACACGGAUUUGCAAAAUGUAGUUUUACGAGCCAGACACUUUAAUAACACCACAGUCACCACCAUCCAUUCAUGCCUGUCUCCAUUCUCCUUUUCUUCAAUCAUGACUCACUGUUUGUUCAGCUUCACGGAGACCCGAAACCGCUGCUACCGGUCAGCGUUCACCGGGUCGGGCCUCCGCUCCACCAUAACAGACUUAAAAGACGGAACCGUAAUGCACUACUGGGCCCCCAAGGCCCCAACCGAGGCCAAACCCAACCUCCUCCUCAUCCACGGGCUCGGAGCCAAUGCGCUGUGGCAGUGGGGGGACUUCGUCCGCGGCCUGGCGUCGCUCUUCAAUGUGUACGUGCCGGACCUCGUCUUCUUCGGCGGGUCCUACACGACCCGGCCCGAGCGGAGCGAGCGGUUCCAGGCGGAAUGUGUGAUGCGGGUGAUGGAGGCGCAAGGGGUGCGGCGGGUCAGUGUAGCGGGGCUGAGCUACGGCGGAUUCGUGGCGUACUGCAUGGCGGCGAUGGAGAGAGAGACGGUGGUGGUGGAGAAGGUGGUGGUGUGUGGGUCAGGGGUGUGUAUGGAGGAGAGGGACGUUAAGGAAGGGCUUUUCCCUGUGACGGAUUUGGAUGAGGCUGCGAGUAUUUUGGUGCCGCAAACGCCGAAUAAACUGAAGGAGCUUGUUCGGUAUUCUUUUUUCAAACCAACUCUCUUCAGCUGGUUUCCUUCUUGCUUCCUCCAUGAUUUCAUUGAGACAAUGUGCAGGGACUAUGAACAAGAAAAGAGAGAACUCAUCAAAGCCCUUGUAAAGGACCGAAAACUUUCUGACAUCCCCAAGAUAUCUCAGCCUACAUUAAUAAUCUGGGGAGAACAUGAUCAAGUAUUUCCUUUAGAACUGGGACACAGAUUGAAAAGGCAUUUAGGGGACAAUGCUCAACUAGUUGUCAUUAAGAAGGCGGGGCAUGCUUUCUGUGCGGAGAAGGCCAAUGAGUUCUUCAGCAUCUUCAAGUCUUAUCUCUUGGAUUUCCAGGUACCUGCAGAGGUCUCACCUUCAAAUGUAUAAAACAACAAUAAUCCUACUUCAAACUCCAUUAUAUGAAACAAACCCUACAAACACAUUCUUUUUCCAUUGUCUCCAAAGCAUAGGCUCAUUAAAUAGUUCAAUGCAAAGGGGUUAGUGGCAUGUUGAUAAAUAAACUCUAAAUCAUUAGCAUUUGAAACUCAUUGGAUUUGGAUCA